AUGUAUCUACCCAGUCCUCAUACCCAUUCCUCAGGUGAUAUAUUUACCCAGUCCUCAGGUAAUAUAUCUGCCCAGUCCUCAGGUGAUGUAUCUAUCCAGUCCUCAGGUGAGGUAUCUACCCAGUCCUCAGGUGAUGUAUCUACCCAGUCCUCAGGUAAUGUAUCUACCCAGUCUUCAGGUGAUGUAUCUACCCAGUCCUCAGGUGAUAUAUCUACCCAGUCCUCAGGUGAUGUAUCUACCCAGUCCUCAGGUGACGUAUCUACCCAGUCCUCAGGUGAUAUAUCUACCCAGUCCUCAGGUGAUGUAUCUACCAAGUCCUCAAGUGAUGGAUCUACCCAGUCCUCAGGUGAGGUAUCUACCCAGUCUUCAGGUGAUAUAUCUACCCAGUCCUCGGGUAAUGUAUCUACCCAGUCAUCGGGUAAUGUAUCUACCCAGUCCUCGGGUGAGGUAUCUACCAAGUCCUCAGGUGAUGUAUCUACCCAGUCCUCAGGUGAUGUACCUACCCAGUCCUCAGGUAAUGUAUCUACCCAGUCCCCAUGUGAUGUACCUACCCAGUCCUCAGGUAAUGUAUCUACCCAGUCCUCAGGUGAGGUAUCUUUCCAGUCCUCAGGUGAUGUAUCUACCCAGUCCUUAGUUGAGGUAUCUACCCAGUCCUCAGGUGAUAUAUUUACCCAGUCCUCAGGUAAUAUAUCUGCCCAGUCCUCAGGUGAUGUAUCUAUCCAGUCCUCAGGUGAGGUAUCUACCCAGUCCUCAGGUGAUGUAUCUACCCAGUCCUCAGGUAAUGUAUCUACCCAGUCCUCAGGUGAUGUACCUACCCAGUCCUCAGGUAAUGUAUCUACCCAGUCCUCAGGUGAUGUAUCUACCCAGUACUCAGGUGAGGUAUCUACCCAGUCCUCAGGUGAUAUAUUUACCCAGUCCUCAGGUAAUAUAUCUACCCAGUUCUCAAUUGAGGUAUCUACCCAGUCCUCUGGUGAUGUGUCUACCCAGUCCUCAGGUGAUGUACCUACCCAGUCCUCAGGUGAUGUAUCUACCCAGUUCUCAAUUGAGGUAUCUAUCCAGUCCUCAGGUGAGGUAUCUACCCAGUCCUCUGGUGAUGUGUCUACCCAGUCCUCUGGUGAUGUGUCUACCCAGUCCUCAGGUGAUGUAUCUACCCAGUCCCCAGGUGAUGUAUCUACCCAGUCCUCAGGUGAGGUAUCUUUCCAGUCCUCAGGUGAUGUAUCUACCCAGUCCUUAGUUGAGGUAUCUACCCAGUUCUCAAUUGAGGUAUCUACCCAGUCCCCAGGUGAGGUAUCUACCCAGUCCCCAGGUGAGGUAUCUACCCAGUCCUCAGGUGAUGUAUCUACCCAGUACUCAGGUGAUGUACCCACCCAGUCCUCAGGUAAUGUAUCUACCCAGUUCUCAAUUGAGGUAUCUACCCAGUCCUCUGGUGAUGUGUCUACCCAGUCCUCAGGUGAUGUACCUACCCAGUCCUCAGGUGAUGUAUCUACCCAGUUCUCAAUUGAGGUAUCUAUCCAGUCCUCAGGUGAGGUAUCUACCCAGUCCUCUGGUGAUGUGUCUACCCAGUCCUCUGGUGAUGUGUCUACCCAGUCCUCAGGUGAUGUAUCUACCCAGUCCUCAGGUGAUGUAUCUACCCAGUCCUCAGGUGAGGUAUCUACCCAGUUCUCAGGUGAGUUCAGAGGUGUGCAAAACCCUGACCAGUCUACACUGGGAACACACCCACCCUACACUGACCAGUCAACACUGGGAACACACCCACCCUACACUGACCAGUCAACACUGGGAACACACCCACCCUACACUGACCAGUCAACACUGGGAACACACCCACCUACUAAACAGUCUAUACUGGGAACACACCCACCAACUAACCAGUCAACACUGGGAACACAUCCACCAACUGACCAGUCUACACUGGGAACACACCCACCUACUAAACAGUCUAUACUGGGAACACACCCACCAACUAACCAUUCAACACUGGGAACACACCCACCAACUAACCAGUCUAAACUGGGAACACACCCACCUACUAAACAGUCUAUACUGGGAACACACCCACCAACUGACCAGUCUACACUGGGAACACACCCACCUACUAAACAGUCUAUACUGGGAACACACCCACCAACUAACCAGUCAAACCUGGGAACACACCCACCAACUAACCAGUCUAAACUGGGAACACACCCACCUACUAAACAGUCAACACUGGGAACACACCCACCAACUAACCAGUCAACACUGGGAACACACCAUACAACUGACCAGUCUAUACUGGGAACACACCCACCAACUAACCAGUCAACACUGGGAACACAUCCACCAACUUAUCAGUCUACACUGGGAACACAACCACCAACUGACCAGUCUACACUGGGAACACACCCACCUACUAAACAGUCUAUACUGGGAACACACCCACCAACUAACCAGUCAACACUGGGAACACACCCACCAACUAACCAGUCUAAACUGGGAACACAUCCACCUACUAAACAGUCUAUACUGGGAACACACCCACCAACUGACCAGUCAACACUGGGAACACACCCACCAACUGACCAGUCUACACUGGGAACACACCCACCUAUUUAA